UUUGCCCCGCCCCCUUCCACGUCGACCUGCACUCGCCAUAUUUUCAAUCGUGGGAAUCCCGCAGCGAGGUUUGCGACUAACUUGUGGAGGGGAAAGCGUUCACCUGAAGACUCAAAAACUUUGAAGAAGAAGAAGAAGAAAACACGAGACAUCUGCGUGAGGUUGUUAUCUGUGCGUGUCGACCUGCGGUGCAAACAUGAACGUCUUCAGACUGACAGGAGACCUCUCUCACCUGGCUGCUAUCAUCAUCCUGCUGCUCAAAAUAUGGAAGAGCAGGUCAUGUGCAGGUGAGUCCCGGCUCUCAUCUCUAAACACAUGCUUUAUCAUCAUUUUCCUGACGUUCCUGAUGAAUAUGGUCCUUUUUUAACCGUUAGUGUUCUCGUUGUAUCGUUAUCCUUCUGGCAGCUAGCCGUUAGCCACAUGCUAACCGCUCCCACUCAUUCAUUUAGGCUAGUAGAUGGGCUAACCGAACGAUCACAUCCAAAAACUGCUUUCUUAAACGUUAAUCUAUUUGCAAAACAGGCGGCAGCUUUAUAUUCAGGAAAAAUGCACAUAGUUUUAUGAUAUUUUAGUAGAAUUAAAGCUCAUAUACGAGACAAUGACCGUUAACUUUGCAAGUAUUACCAUAGAGAGUCAGAGAAAGCUGAACUACACGCUGAAGUAGAGUUGGAUUGAUUUGUUAAGUAGGAUAUAUAUAUUGUUUGUUAAAAUAUUAACAUUUUUAGGUGAGUUUUAUGUUUCGUUUUAAUCCCUUCUAUUAAUUUGUGGUUCGGUGAUCGACUUUUUUGGUCUGGCAUCUGACGUGGCGUUUUAGAGGGCGCUACGGAAGCCGCUAACCGGCUACAAGAGUCCAGAGAUGUCUCUUUUUAACCUUUCUGCACUCAUUAGUGUGAUCGAGUUAAAACAAGCAUUAAAAACACGUUCAUUCCUGUACUUUCUUUAAGGUUAUUUGAAGGUUUUUACUCUCAUUUUAAAGGGGAUUUGUCUCGUAGAGCUUGCGCAUUGACCACAGGGUCAAAGAUAAAGGAGGUUAUCUCAGUUCACGCCUGAGUUUUGGUUUUGUUUUGUGUUUGCAUGCUUUUUUUGGUACAUAUUUACAUUUAUACAGCUAAUUAGAUAAGUUUUAGUCAGAAAUACCAAAAAUCCAGAAACAAGUGGGAUAUAGGAGUAAAGCUUACAAAACGCAUCUUAAAAGAGUGUUCCUAAUAGAUGUGUUAUUGAUAGAAAUAACUAACUAACUUACAUAUUGGAAAAACAAAAGGCAAAAUCAGGUUACUAAGUCAAUCAUUCAAUGAUAUAGGAGGCAACUUAAUUACUGAAGUCUAAGUCCAGAUACUUCUGAUCAAACUAUGAUUUUAGUAUGAGUAACAAGUCUCAAUCGAAACAGGACUAGAGCUAAAGUUUGGAGUACUAUUUUCUAGGGGUAGGAGAAAAAACAGAAGUAUUACGAUUUUUUAAAUUUUAAAUUCAUUUUUAUAUUGAAAAAUCGAUUUUUUUUUUGGUCAAAUUUAAGAAUAAAUCUGAAAAACUGACUUACAUAUGGUGUGUAUUUUUCGUGGAAAUAUGGUUCCUGGAAUAGUCAGUAGACAAUCAUAAUCAACUGUUUCACAAAAUCAACAAUAUCGUAGGAUCGCAGUUUAAAUCGAAUCAGAAGAAUUGAAUCAGGAGGAAAGUACAUCGUCCCAGCCUUACUAUUUUCACAAUGCACAGGUGUAGUCAGUAGUAUUUGGUACAAACUUCAUUAAGAGGAAAUUACCGAUAUUUUUAAACUCACAUGCAACAGAUAAUCAGAUUUUUAGCCCCAAAAUAAAGGAACAAUUAAAAGAAAACAAACCACAGAAUAAAAACAGCAAUUAAGUCCCUCCAAGCGCAGACAACUAGGUUUGAAAUGAUUAUCUAGGAUUGAUCAGGUGUUCACAUUCAUGCCUUGACAUGCUGUCACAGGUCGGGGGCACAUUCUUACAGUAAAUAAGCUAUGGUGAAUCAUCAUCCUGCUCCAUUUUAGCCAUCAUAACCAUCACUAAAGGACCUGUCUAAUCCAAGUGAUCUGUGGAGAGCAACUACGUGUGGAUAUUCAGAGUAAGGCAUACAGUUUGUAUCAUAGAAAUUAUGAUCACAGUGUAUUGCCUUAUUGAUCCUUUUCCCAACCUUUGUGCACGCAUGACUUAGAUUAUAAAGAGAAAACUUCAAGCAGCUGAAAACAGAGACGACAAGACCGUUGUUGCAUCCAGGUCCUGCUUAUCUUUUGACGAACUACUGGGGCCUGAAGUCUAUCUGAGCAUGAAACAAGGCGAUAAUUAGGGGUACGUUUUGGACAGGAUCCCAGAUUAUCACAUAUGCAAUCUGACCUGCAUACCAGUUAGACCGAGGGCACAAACAGCCAACAAGUUCAAAGUAAUUAUCUGUUAUAAAUGCACCUGCUGCAUAUUCUAAAUUUGCACAAAUAUGUUCGCACAUCUAUGAAGUAAAAGUGUGAACUACAAGCCAUAGACAUGUGAAGUUGUUUCUCAGUUCUAGCAACAUUUGUCUGUACUAUUUAGACCAUUAAAAACAAGACUAAAGGAACAUGUGUACUUUUGUGUACUGGGCUAUGAGACUGCUUAUUUUCUGGGGGAGAAACUACCCUGUUACCACCAGCAGAUGUCACUCUUCAACAAAGAAAAACCAAAUUCGUGUAUCAUCAGGAGAUACUUGUGAAGCCACACUGAAGUCGCUUAACUUCGACAUAUCUUAAACUUAAUGAGACCUCUGUUCCCCUGUCUCUUUAAGGUAUCUCUGGGAAAAGCCAAAUCCUGUUUGCCAUAGUGUUCACCACGCGCUACUUGGAUCUGCUGAGCUCCUUUAUCUCCCUCUAUAACACAUGCAUGAAGGUAAGACAUCAGUCCAAACUCUGACCAGCAGCCUCCUCAUACAGGUCCCAUGUGUCUCCCCAGUGUCUCAGUGCAGAGUUUUCUUUACUGUUAACCAGGUGAUCUACAUCGGUUGUGCGUAUGCCACAGUCUACUUGAUCUACGUGAAGUUCAGGGCCACCUAUGACGGCAACCACGACAGCUUCAGAGUGGAGUUCCUGGUUGUGCCUGUGGGGGGUCUCGCUGUUCUCAUCAACCAUGACUUUUCUUUCCUAGAGGUGAGUUCAACCCCUGUUUUGUUAAAGACUAGUCAGAGUCACUGUGUCAUAUUCCUGCAUGUUUACCUGUAAAUGCACCCUCUAUCAGAUCCUGUGGACGUUCUCCAUCUACCUGGAGUCGGUGGCAAUCCUGCCUCAGCUUUUCAUGAUCAGCAAGACCGGCGAAGCAGAGACAAUCACCACCCAUUACCUGUUCUGCCUGGGCUUGUACCGGGCCCUCUAUCUCUUCAACUGGAUUUGGCGUUUCUACUUCGAGGGCUUCUUUGACAUGAUCGCCAUCGUGGCCGGUGUGGUUCAGACAGUCCUCUACUGCGACUUCUUCUACCUUUAUAUUACCAAAGGUGGGUUUUCUUCUGGCAUCAUUAUGACUGAAUCCUGAUUAUAGUGAAAAAAGAUACGAAAGUAAGAGGUUAAAGCUCCAAGGAGGGAUUUUUAGUCAGAAUUGAUAGUAAUGCCUGUUAAUGAGCUACAAAAGCGAACGAGACCAUCAGUGAAAAAACUGAUAAAAACUUUAGGGAAACUGAUCGAUCUCUCUGGUCAAUGGCAGCGAUCAAUCCAUACUUUGUAACUUUAAAUCUAGCUGAAUACUAAAAACAGACUGUACUAGAAAUGGCUGCACAUCUGCACAAAAACGCACAUUGCUGAAUGAAAUGAAAGUCUUAAAAGUUUAGAAGCCCUUAUUUAUAGCUUUCAAUUCUUAUCUUAAUAUUAGGGCCCGACUGAUAAAGAUUUUGGGGCUGAUGCCGAUACUGAUAAUUUUUUACUAAGCUAUAAAAUAUAUAUAUACUGUAGAUAUCUACAUCGGGAACAUCAUGAAGUGGGUUGAACUGAAACUUGUUGACUUAUUGUGUAUUUGUGUAUCUUAUUCUCCACGUUUUAUUUCUGAAAAUAUCUGCAAAAAUCUGCAAGUUUUGGCCGAUUACCAAUUAGUCUCAAACGGGCUAAAAUUGGCCGAUUUAAUCAGCUCGCCGAUAAAUUGGUCCGGCCCUACUAAAUAUGGUGCUCACAUGUUGAAAUGUAUUUAAGCGACUCAUCGGCCGGUUGAAUCCUUCCUAAUAUCCACACUGAAGAAACUGAAGAAAUCCAUUUUUAGUGAAACCUUGAUGUAAUAUCCCGUCUUCUAAGGAAAACCUCACUCUAAAGUCCAGCUGUAUCGAAUGAGUCUUGUGCAUUUUCAGUUACUCAAAAGUGGUAAUUUUCCACAGUCAUCGUCAUUAAAGUACAAAACUGUCUUUAUGUUUCACUAAUGUCGUCCCUCCAUAGUCAUUGAGCGAGGAAACACGGCUUCUCUUGGUCUCACAAAGGAGAGUUUGUGCAAAAAUGACUGCAGAGUUGGAAAUACGCACUUGAUUCGAUUAUCCCAGGCAGCUGAAACUUCGUAUUAGCAGCGGCUGAACUUUAAAAUCACUUUUUCUCACAACAGCGGGACUGCACCCUCUCUUCCAAAAAUGUUGUAAUAUGUUCAUAACACGAUUUUGUUGGUUUUAAUUGAAAGUAGCAGAAAUACAAAAAAUCUUUGGUGGCUGAAACUUCGGUUAUGUAGAUUCCCCCGAGCAGAGACAAGCUGCGUUCAGAGACAGUGUUGAUUUUUGGGCCCAUGUUGUGACUUCCACUCCAGAGUCAUGUCUGUUUGAAUACAUAGCCGCCUGGAGUCUUGGAGAUAAUGGCCAUUCAGUGUUGGUUUUCAGCCUCAUCCUUUCUCUCCAGAUUCUCUGAAUGUUUAAUGAUAUUCUGUACAGUAGACGAUGAAACCUCCACUUUGCUGAGGGGCAUCGUCGGGUUAAAAACUCAUUGUGAAAGGACGGCUCCUCACAUGGGUUUACAUUUGACAUAAACUCGCGCAUUUCCCCUUAAAAGCUUCUCAGUUAAAGGAAAAUACGUCUGGUAAAGAUCUUCUGUACAUGAUCAAUUUCUCUCUCCUCUUCGCAGUGCUGAAAGGCAAGAAGCUGAGCCUGCCAGCGUAAAGCGCACAGGAGACGGCGACUCCCAGCAGACUCAGGGGGUGCGGAGAUGACUUCAUGGAAUCUCGUGACCUACAGCGACAGAUGCCUGAGACAGAGAGACAACUAUCGGGGGAGGAAAAACACUAGUCUUCUUCUUGAUGAUUGCAGAUUGAACUGGUAAAUGCCAACAAACACCAGAGCUGAACAAAGAUCAUCCCAGGUCAACAUUCGGAUUUCUGUGUUCAGCGUCUUGCCUUAAACUUCUUUUCAUCGCUGUCGUAAUAAGAGGAAAGGCUUUUUUUUCUACAUGUGAGGUGUACACGCUUAUUUUUUAUUUUUUUAUAAUGUCACAAAUAGGGUCUAUCCUGAGAAGUACCUUGUUUGGCUCGGUAAUGAAAUGCACAAAUGUACAGUCUUAUUAAACAGUGAGAUAAAGAGUAAUGUAUCUGAGUGCCUGAUGAGGAUUGUGUCCGGUUUCUCACAGUAUUUUUUCCCAUUUUUUUGUUUUUAAUUUGAUUUUUGUUGAGUUUAGAUAACUGUAUGCAUAAACUGUAAUCCAUGUACCAAGUCUUUGACGCUUUUAUAGAGGCCAACAGUGGGAGUUUUUCACCAUCCACCAUUUUGUAAAAACUCUGCUUUUUGAAUCAUUUUAUUUUUCAAAACAUCGACACUUAUUUGUAAUCAGAACACCCGAGAGGAUUUGUAGGUUUUAAGAAAUAAACUCUUAAAUGAAUCACUUGGAUGCCACAAACCUUUUAGUAAUAGAUGUCAGUAUUUUGGAAUAGUGGCCAUCUUACUUGGAUUGAAACAUUUCACGUGUUCACGGAUGAUUUUCUUUUGCUCAGCUUACUGUUUAAAGAGAAAUGCAUCAGCUUUAACAUAGAUGUCACGCAGUCUUCGAACGAUGCUACGUCACAUUCAGAUGUAGAUAGAGCACAAAUCCGCACCUUCCAUCAGUGACGUGUGAGCGAUAUCAUAAAGGGGAAAUCAGCAAAGUUGGAGCAAAGCAAUAAUGAACGACUGAAAAAUGAUCCUGGCUGAUGAGGAAGUCAUGAGAGUCCAGCACUUUGAUGACAUUUCGACGGUUUAACGUAUGUCUUUGAGCGUGCAUGAAACAGGUUUGGUGGCGAUGAUGAUGAUGAUGUUCAAUGGGUGCGUUUCUUUUAAAUUCAAAGGCCUCUUAUUAACUCCAACUUUAUCAAACGAGUCAUUCCCAAAGGAUUAUUUCAACUUUUUUUCUUUUUUUUGCAUGAUAUCACCUCCAUUAAAGAUUUUAUGAGAAUCAUUGUA